AUGGCGAACCAGAAUCAAAACCUGAUCCAGCGGAAGCAACGUGAAGAUUUUUCUUUGAAGGAGACAACACCUAACAUCAAUGCCGGAAGAGUGAUAAGUGGUGACAGGCUUCCAACUGCAUUUGAUCUUGUUGAACAGAUGCAGUUUCUUUUCGCUCGGGUAGUGAGGGCGAAAGACUUACCGGAAACCGGUAAAUCGGAUACCUGCAACCCUUUCGUCGAAGUGAAACUCGGAAGUUUCGUAGGAACAACAAAGGUUUUCGAGAAAAAUUCAAAUCCGGAGUGGAACCAGGUUUUCGCUUUUUCUAAAGAGAGGAUUCAAGAACAAGUUUUGCAGAUUGUUGUGAAGGAGAAGGAUGUUCCUGAUGCGUUGAUCGGUCGUGUCGCGUUCACGAUUUCGGAUAUUCCUAUGAGGUUUCCGCCUAAUAGUCCUUUGGCGCCGCAGUGGUAUAAGCUAGAGAAUCUCAGUGGUGUGAAGCUUGAUCAAGGAGAGUUAAUGGUUUCUGUUUGGAUGGGAACACAAGCUGAUGAGAGUUUUCCUGAUGCUUGGCAUUCAGAUGCAACUGCUACGAGUGACGAGAACAUCGCGUACACUCGCUCGAAAGUGUAUAUCUCUCCGAGGCUUUGGUAUCUUAGAGUUACUGUGAUUCAAGCACAAGAUUUGUUACUCAAGAACAAAAGUGGAAACAAUGGUGACAUAUUUAUUCAAGGUGUUCUUGGGAACUUGGCGUUGAGAAGCCGGCCGAUGAGGAUUCAUCCGAAUCCUAUAUGGAACGAGGAUUUGAUGUUUGUUGCAGCCGAGCCUUUCGAUGAUUCCUUGCUUUUGAGCAUUGAGCAAGGUCUAGGAAACUCCAACAAGCAUGAAAGUUUGGGCAGUUGUGUGAUUCAUCUUAAGGACGUGGAGAGAAGAAUCGACGCAACUCCAACGGCUAGUGUUUGGUACAAUCUUCAAACGCCUAAAGAACUCGAAGGCGACGAGGGCAUUAAAUUUAGUACUAAACUGCAUUUUCGAAUCUCUUUGGAUGGAGGGUAUCAUGUUUUGGAUGAGGCAACUCACUAUAGUAGCGAUCUAAGGCCGUCGUCUAAGUAUUUGAACAAACCAAGUAUCGGUGUUUUGGAAUUAGGAAUCUUGAACGCGGUUGGACUAUCUCCGAUGAAGAAGGAUCGAACUGAUGCGUAUUGUGUAGCGAAGUAUGGUCCAAAGUGGGUGAGAACAAGGACUAUUGUCGAUAGUUUUUCACCGAGAUGGAAUGAGCAAUAUACUUGGGAAGUUUAUGAUCCUUGCACCGUUAUCACGAUUGUCGUGUUUGAUAAUGGAAACUUACAUGGAGGAGGGAAAAAUGGAGACGGAGGAGUCGAUAAGAGAAUCGGUAAGGUAAGGAUUAGGCUUUCGACACUCGGAAGUGAUAGAAUCUAUACUCAUUUUUAUCCACUUAUAAACUUGCAUACUCAAGGAGCACGAAAAAUGGGAGAAAUUCAAUUGGCAGUGAGAUUUUCUUGUCCUUCUUUGUUGAAUGUUUUGCAAACCUAUACUCAACCUUUGCUCCCGAAAAUGCACUACCUAUGUCCGUUGUCGAUGUUUCAGCUCGAUAGUUUACGAAACCAGGCUGCAGCGAUCACGAUAAUGAGGUUCAGAAGAGCCGAACCGCCUCUUAGUAAAGAGGUAGUUGAGUUCAUGCUGGAUAUGAGAGCAAAUGUGUGGAGCAUGAGGAGAGGAAGAGCUCAGUUUUACAGGAUCGCGAGUCUUCUCAGCGGUUUAGUCUGGUUUAUCAAAAAAUUCGAGGAGAUUCGCAGUUGGAAGAGUUCGUUUACAACGAUAGCUGGUUAUAUCAUGUUUCUCUUUAUCAUUUACAAGCCAGGAGUUAUUUUGCCAUUCAUGUUUACCAUCUUAUUCUUUAACGGAAUUUUGAACUUCCGAAUUAGCGGCGGUAAUCUUCAGAAAAGGUACGACAGAUUGCGUGGCAUUUCGGGAAGAGUGCUCGCUGUGAUGGGCGAUUUGGCAACCCAAGGAGAGAGAGUGCAGGCCCUUAUCAGCUGGAGGGAUCCAAGAGCAACAGCAUUGUUCCUGAUUUUCUGCGUGGUUGCUAUGAUUUUGACUUUUGUCAUUUCUUUUCGCAUUAUCGUCUUCCUUUCGGUCACUUAUGUGUUAAGACCUCCAAGGUUUCGCUUCGAUUUGCCAGCGUUUCCGCAAAACUUCCUCAGGAGGAUGCCUGCAAAAUCAGAUGGCAUGUUAUGAGCUGCAAUUUGUCUUCCGUCUUUUGCUUUUU